GCAGUAUGUGUCGGCAGUCGGCGGGGGUUCUCCGUCGGCUGCUUCCAACGGCGGGCUGCAAAACGUGCUGUUGAGUUCGAAAUUCUUAAAGGCGGCUCAAGAGCUUCUCGACGAGGUGGUGAAUGUGGGAAAGGGAGUGAAGAGUGAAGGGGAAAAUAAAGAGGUGCUGCCCAAGAAUGACGGAAUCGCCAGCUCAGACGGAGAGCAGAGUGGGGGUAAACGCGCCGCCGCGGAGCUCUCCACAGCAGAGAGACAGGAAAUUCAAAUGAAGAAAGCAAAGCUUGUGAACAUGCUCGAUGAGGUGGAACAGAGAUACAGACAAUACCACGAGCAGAUGCAGGUGGUGAUAUCAUGGUUUGAGCAGGCGGCAGGGGCGGGUUCUUGUAGAACGUACACAGCCCUGGCGUUGCAGACCAUCUCAAAGCAGUUCAGGUGCCUUAAAGACGCGAUCUUGGGGCAAAUACGAGCUGCCGGGAAGAGCUUAGGAGAAGUCGAAGUUGGUGGUGGCGGUUCAUCCCCAUCGUCGUCGUCCCCAUCCAGCAGGCUGAAGUUUGUGGAUAGGCAGCUCAGGCAACACAGGGCUUUGCAACAGUUGGGAAUGAUCCAACACAACAGCAACGGCGCAGCUUGGCGGCCCCAGCGAGGAUUGCCGGAGCGCUCUGUUUCUGUUCUUCGCGCUUGGCUCUUUGAGCAUUUCCUCCACCCUUACCCAAAAGAUUCAGACAAAAUCAUGCUGGCUAAACAAACAGGUCUUACCAGGAAUCAGGUGUCAAAUUGGUUCAUCAAUGCUCGGGUCCGACUGUGGAAGCCAAUGGUAGAAGAGAUGUAUCUGGAAGAGACCAAGGAACAAGAACAAAGCCAAAAUGCAUUAGAGAACCAAACAGGGAAAGGUAGUGAGCCAAACAAAGAUUCUUCAGAGUGUUCGGAUCAUCAAGAAAAGAGCAGUCUUACCCCAAACCAACAACUCUCUACUGUAUCUUCUCCCGCGGACAGAAACCAAUCCAGUUUCAGCCCGGAAAGCCCGAAGAAGGCCAGAAGAGCACAAGGCCCGGACUCUUCCUCCAUGGAUUUUACAUUAAUGGGUGGUGGAGGUGGGGGAUCAGCUAACUUCAUUGGCGGGUUCGAGUCAUACCCGAUUGGAGAAAUUGGAUCAUAUUCGGGCAAUGCGGUCUCCCUAACGCUUGGUCUGCCUCAUAGUGAAAACCUCUCAAUGUCAGGGGCACACCACGGGUUCAUCCCAACUCAAGAAAUGCAUAUGGAAAGAGGGGUAGAAUUGGGAGAAUCGAAUGAUCAGUUUGGCGGUAUGAAUGCUCCAAUGAGUUACAACAACAUUGAGAACCGGAAGAGGUUUGCCGCACCAUUGUUGCCAGACUUUAUAGCUUGCGGUUACCAACAAAUGCUCAGCAAGGAAGUAAGAGAUUCUUCAUAAUACUGUAAAGAUAUAAAAACAUUUAUACUUUGCAGAAGAACAAGCAAUAUAGUUCAUAUGGAUAGUUUUUUAGCCUUUUAGACAUUAUAUUGGUGAGGAUUGUAUAGUGUGAUUGCUGUUGUAUUUAAUAU